AUGAUUAGGGGCGAAACCAGCAAGAUGCAGGAGCAUUUGAAGGCUGUUUUACAGUCUCUGCACGAUGUGCCAUACUUUCAAAGCGCCAAGGGCCCUAAAGAACGGGCUGACGUAGGGAAAACGUUAAAAAGCUUCAUAUUCCGCUAUCUGUACUAUGUUAUUUCGGGCCAUGGUCGACUUUUGUCCCUGUUGUUUCCGGGAGCACCGCCGGAAAAGUUCCCAAAAAGUCUGGAGGAGGCCCUGAGCAUGGAUUUGGCCAUGCAACGCAAGAAUGACCCCUUCUAUACGAUAGAAGAGGUUGUGACAAGUCAACAACACCGCCACACAGGUAGAAACUGUGGCCGCAAAUUUCUUCCUGGAGAGCCCAUCUAUCGCUGCAAAGAAUGCGGUUACGAUGAGACGUGUGUGCUGUGUAUCCACUGUUUUCAUCCGGAUGAUCACAAGGGUCACCACGUCUACACCAGUAUCUGCUCCUUACUGAACACUGGCAUAUGUGACUGCGGGGACGUCGAAGCAUGGCACAACAGUUUGCAUUGCAGAGCCGAACUGUCAGACAGUGACCUGGAGGACCAAGACUUUGACCACGAUGAAGGCUUUCAGUCCGUCGAAAUGCAUCAGCUUAUUGAGAAUGCGCUUACAGAGAUUCUGGACCACUUUCUUGACGUUUUUAAUCAAAACAUUGAGCCUUUGCCCACGAUUCAAAAGGAGAUCACAAUAAAGCUUAGGGAGAUGGAACAAGCUAACAAGGCAAACGAGAAGUUGGAGUUUUUGAAGGAUCUCCAAUAUACAAAUGAGUAUAUUCUAGAGCACCACGAAGACGGGCGGUUUCACCGCGAAACGAAUGACCUCUAUGAAAAGGAUGGAGGCUUGGUGGAAACUCAGACCCCGGACUACGCAGUCAUGGUGUACAACGAUGAGUAUCAUAACUACUCUCAAGCUAUAGCUGCUCUGAAGCAAGGAGCCCCAGAUGACAAGCACACAGACAAGCUUACUGCAUGUAUUGAUGGAGAGGGACGCGCAAUGUUAAAGUGCUCAAAAGAUUUGCCUAACAUUUUAAGCGGGUUUUUCGCCAUCCGCACCAACGGUCUAUCCGCCACCUUAACAACAUGGGUCGAGUACAUUCAUCAAGAGGCCUGUAAAUACAUGAUAGCAUGGAUCAAGCAUGGUUUAACCAUUCCCAAUGCUGAGUUUCAGCAAAUAUUUAGAGAGAGUCUGGGGACUGUUCUAUGUUCGGAAAUCACAAAUUUCGCUGAAAAGCGAGAUGUCAGCACCAUAGUGGAUAAGCACUUUCCUAUCAAGAUUCCCACCGAUACCAAAUUCAGAUAUGCAGACCUCUCAGUGCUGGACAGGGGAAAUACUAUUCCAUUAAGCCAUGAAAAAGAACUAGCGGCAGAUGCAACAGACUCCAUUUCGGCUACUCUGAAUAAUACCAUAACGCCGACCUCCAAACCGUAUUUUAAUUCGAGAUUACAGCAUUUUCUCUUCUUCGACAACAGAUAUUGGAAGGGACUGCGCAAGGAGAUCCAGGAUGUGAUCAUUUCGACGAUGGCAUCUAGUGUCAAGUUCAAGCCUGUCUUCUGUACUCAGUUGGUCCAAAUUUUCAAUCACAUGAGUAGAUCUUUAGCGUUUAUGGACCGGGAGCCUCAACUGUGCGCAUUACGGGAGUGCGUUGUACAACUCUUUACAUGUCCAACAAAUGCUAAAAUGAUAUUUGAAAGUGGAAGCUUUAGCAGCAUAAUGUGGUCAGUAAUUGAUAUUUUUGCGGAGUUUUCAAGGAAAGACGCUGGUCUUUUAAUUUGGCAAAAGGUUCAAAAGACAAACCCGAGCAAGAGUUAUAGAUUUUCGUUUAAGCAGGGCUUUUAUGCGGUGGAAACAAUACUGAGCAAGAUAAACGACCCUAAUCUCCUGCUGCGGACUCCAGAAUUUAUUGCUAUUGUAACUCUGUGCAAACUUUUCAAUGGGGCUUGGAAAAUAAAGCGUAAGGAAGGAGAGCAUGUUCUGAGAGAGGACCAAAAUUUCAUACCUUAUGUGGAGUAUACGACUUCCGUCUUCAGCAUCAUUCAGACCAUCGAUAAGACGCUUGCCAGUAGGCGUGAUGAAGUAGAAGAACAGCUGAUACUAAAUGCCAUAAGGCUAUUAAGCACAUUUUUGGGCCACAGAACUUGCCACUACAAAAUUGUUCAUGAGACUCAUGAGGUAAUAAAAUUCAAGGUGAGCAAGCAACGAGUUGCUUUUAUGAAUCCUGUCCACACACUUUUGUCAUUUUUGAUGGAAAAGGUUCCGCUAGAAAAAGCACUAUUAGCCGCUGCGGACUGUGAAGAUUUCCUCACAAUUUCUGACAUUCCCCUUAGGUCUAUUGUCCUUUGUUCCCAAAUUGAUGUCGGCUUCUGGGUUAGAAAUGGUGUGUCUGUUCUCCGUCAGUCGUCGUACUACAAACGCACUCCCGACAUGGCUUCCUACAUGCGCGAUAUUCACCUCUGUCAGCUUACAUUUUUAGGAGAGAAGGACAAUCUAGUCAGAUUGAUCUACAACACACUAGAGAGGUGGGAACUUUUGAGUUGGCUUGAUGGAGAAGAAGAAUUUCUACACACCCAAUACGAAGACAAAAUUGUCUUUAUCAUCCAACAGUUCAUCGCAUUUGUCUAUCAGAUACUUGCUGAAAGGCAUUCUUUCAAAAAGUUCCAGAGUUUCAAAGAAAAGGAAUAUUAUCAGAUAAAAAAAUCCAUCAUGUAUGGUCUGUUUAUGGAACCUCUAUCCUACUCUGACCUUUUUUCAGCAAUGCCCGAGUAUCUUACUGAAAGUUCGAAUUUAUUUGACCAAGCGUUGCACGAGGUCUCAAUUUUUGUGGAGCCCAAGGGCCUCGAAGAUAAUGGUGUUUUUAAACUGAAGCCUGAACUUUAUAGAAAGAUUGAUCCGCUGCAGCUGCCCAACAUGGGAAACGAUUUUGAACAUAGUGCAUCUGUUAUUAUGUCUCAUUUAGCGGAACCUGGACAUGAUGCCAAAAAAGUUGUGUUGGAACCUCAAUUGACACACCCGAAACAUAUGGACGAGGGUGCUCGUAACUUGGGUGCCUUUACUCGAACCGAUGCAUUUGCCAAAGUAAUCUUCAACCUCCUGCAGGUUUGUCUAGAUUUUGAUGAAGGCACCUUCAUUUAUGGUUUACUGCAUUUGGUUCAUGCAAUUUUCAAAGACCAUGAGCUUGCCAAUGGAAAGAACUCAAUUCCAGGACCUUAUCUCUCGAUUCCUGUUUGCAAUCUGUUUCUCACCAUAAUCGAUUCUAAGUCCGCGGUUUUUUCGGAGAGCGCAAUUGCAAAGGCCGAUUUCUUAUUAGAGUUUAUGAUUCGAAGGAGACCAGAAGCUGUACUAGACUCUUUACUCUCAUGUUUCGGAGAACAGACAAUUGAGCUGUACAAAUCAAAAAAAUUAAAUCAAGGUGUGAACCUCGAAGAAAGCGAGAGAGAUCGGAAAAAACGGUUAGCAAAGUCGCGCCAGGAAAAGAUACUGUCUAAGUUCUCAAAACAGCAGUCAAAGUUCAUGAAAGGGGAUGAAUUCAAACUUGAGAGCAAGGACGGUGACGUGGAUAUGAUCGAUGUCGAUGUCUCUAAUGAGGAGCAUGACCACACUUGUGCACUGUGUCAGGAUUCUGAAUCAACCGACGCAUUCGUUAUCCCUCUAUACCAUGAAGCUUCCCCAAUUUUUAGAGGUGGAAAUAUUCACGAUAUCGGACAACUGGCCACCAUUUGGGGGGGCUUUGGCAAUGACGACGAUCAUCCCACAGUUUAUGACGAAGAGACUUUAGAUGCUUACAAGAAAGAUGGUACUCGUGGUUCCCGAAAAGUAUUCUUCUCUUGUAAUCAUUAUAUUCAUUACAAGUGCUUCAAACGGUAUGCUCAGAAAAAAAGGUUUUCUACAAAUGCCUUCAUUUGUCCAGUGUGUCAAACAUUUUCCAACUGUGUUAUGCCGGUUUCGCGGAAGGCGUGCAAAGAAAGCGAGAUUUCUGUGACCGACUUGCUUGAAUCUAACGUGGUUUGCCCACCUAUCAGCUACAUACAUGAUAGCGACGUCAAUGAAGAUUUUAGUGGCAUCUUCAAUAUGUUUGUGGAAAUAAACAAGCAAAAUAAGUACUACGAUCGCCAAUGGGCAGCUACUCCAAAGUUCCAAAGGCCUGAGGUUGCUCUCGUUUUGGCGGUGCAUUGGUCCAAUACAAUCUCAAUGCUGGAAAUAUCUACCCGACCUUUGUUCCUGGGAAAUGAUAGUGUAUUGCAAGGGAGAGAGCAAAAGUAUAAAACUUUGCGAAAUGUCCUCUCUUCCAUCGCCUGGCUUUAUAAAGUAGUGGGGCCACCCUCGCUGGAACAUAUCCCUUAUGUCAACAGCGAAGGUGUCACCUGGAAUCAUAACCAGCUUUUCCAGUACAUCAUUCGCAAUUCCCUUUUCACUGCUGCUCCUAUUUCUGACACCAUAACAAAAGGUUUAGCUCUGUUUGGUAGACAGUUGAUCGUUGACUUUGUGAAGGGCCAGUCACCCAAGCACAUUGAAAAAAUGUUCGAAGAAUAUACCAGUUCAGGUGGCAGCGGCAAGGUUGAUGAAAGUCUUCUCAACACCAUGCGUUCUAUAUGUGAUAUCGGCAUUGCGGAUGAAGCCCUUAACACAAAGCUGUACACGCUGGCGUAUGCGAGCUUGGAAAAAAAUCUCCUGCCAACGAUAAGAAGAUGUCUGAUCUUUUUGAAGGUACUAAAUGAUACGUUAAAUUCUGAAGGUUCUCGUUUGAUCUUAAACGAGGUUGAUUUCGAAACUCCAUUCACGGAAUACGCAAACUUGACUGAAUACAUUAACACUGUAAUCAAGGAAGUCACGUUCUGCGAUAGCGUGGACGGCCUUUUGAGAUACUCCUGCGGUACCAACAUGGAUGAUCCUUAUCUGUCCAGAAUUCCUUAUGAAUACACUGGCAUCGUUAAACUAGUUGACCUCGCACCACAAUUGAAUACUUAUCUCACAAAUUCAAGAGACGUGAAAUUGCGCGAUGAGCAUCCGGCGCACAUGAAAAAUGCAGGUAACCGCCUAGACUUUAAAAUCUGUUUAACGUGCGGUGUAAAAGUCCAUGCGCGGAAAGAUCACACAGAACUAAUAAGACAUUUGGGAAGUCAUUGCUUUAAGCCAUUUGGGCUCUUUCUCAUUCCAAAUCUGAAUGAAGUUUGCUUGAUACUAACAAAUCCAAGGUGCUCCAUUUCAAUUCCGGCGCCCUACUUAAACUUUCAUGGUGAAGCCGGCCGGAAUGCUAUUCAGCGGGGUGAUUUAACAACCUUAAACUUGCGUAGGUAUGAGCAUCUCAAUAAUAUUUGGCUGAAUAAUGAAGUCCCUGGACUUAUUAGCCGCGUGAUGGGAGACGAAUUUAGAGUUUUGAUAAUUUCCAAUGGAGUGGUUCUGAAUUUCAAUAGAAACGUCCUCCGGCCUCGUAGGGCCAAUACCGAUGAGCUUGAUGGUGAUAGCAGCAGCAGUGAAGGGGAGGAUAACGAUGAUUCAGCAGGUGGCGAAGCCAGAUGGGAGAUUCGUCCGGAUGAGUUCUUUGAAGAAGCAGGUAUUCGUUUAGAGGAUGCCGACCCAAUACCUGGUGGAGAUAUAAGGGAUUUUUUUCAGUUCAUUAACAACUUAAGAACUGAUACUGACACCUUUGAGGAUGGGCAGGCUGAAGGAGCUGGUAGGCUGGGUAAUUUUUUUGUUCCUCGUUUCGAAUUCAUUCCCAAUUUCAGAAAUUUAAAUGGACCUGCUGAGGAAGCUGAAGGUGAGGGUGCUGAGGAUGCUGAGGAUGACGAGGAUGCAGAUUAA